AUGGCAUUUUGGUCCAGCACUUCAGUUUUUACCUCUAAAGUGCCUCGGAAGAUAUUAUUCAUGUUUACUCUCUCCAUUUCUGUCACGUACCUGUUCUAUAGCUUGAUGAGCUGCUACAACUCGUUACAGUUCCCCUUGCAAGAAAACUACGCGUACCAAGCGAGGCUUGUGACAGAGGACACAACUUUCGUAGCAUUCAGAGAGAAACUUUAUUCAGCCACAUCCCAGGGUUAUUUCGGCGAGGACUUGGUAGAAAGGACCACCACCGAACAGACCGUUGCGAGCUAUGCCAUCCCCACCGUUGACCAGUCAGAUAAUGUGGGCAGCGAACAAAGGGCGACGGAAUGGGUCAGAACACAACUUGCUCCGACUGAAAUGAUCGCGGGGGGUCAGAAUGCAGUUUUCGAGAGAGAGCACCAGGAAUCCAGCACCACGGACGACGAGCUCAGCAGAAGAGGGAAUAGUACCCCGGAUUACGGGGAGAAAAAAUUGCCCCAAGCCAUCAUAAUAGGAGUGAAGAAAGGAGGCACCAGGGCUCUGCUGGAGGCUUUAAGGGUCCAUCCCGACGUCAGAGCAGUUGGGGUUGAGCCCCAUUUCUUUGACAGGAACUACGAGAAAGGACUCGAUUGGUACAGGGACCUGAUGCCAUCUACACUUGAGGGCCAGAUAACCAUGGAGAAGACUCCCAGUUACUUUGUGACAAAUGACGCCCCCAAGCGCAUACACUCCAUGGCUAGAGACACCAAACUAAUCAUUGUGGUCCGCAACCCCGUUACCAGAGCCAUUUCUGACUACACUCAGACUCUCUCCAAGAGACCCGAGAUCCCUACUUUUGAGGUGCUGGCCUUCAAGAACAGGACCCUGGGUUUGAUCGAUGCUUCGUGGAGUGCACUGCGGAUAGGGAUAUAUGCAUUGCAUCUGGAGAGCUGGAUGCAGUACUUCCCACUCUCGCAGAUACACUUUGUCAGCGGAGAGAGGCUUAUCGUUGAUCCAGCUGGUGAGAUGGCCAAAGUGCAGGACUUUCUUGGACUCAAACGGAUUGUCACAGAUAAACACUUCUAUUUCAAUAAAACGAAGGGAUUUCCCUGCCUCAAAAAGCCAGAGGACAGCAGCGCCCCACGCUGCCUUGGAAAGUCUAAGGGCAGAACUCAUCCCAAAAUAGACCCUGACGUGAUACGCAGAUUACACAAAUUUUACAAGCCCUUUAACAUGAUGUUUUACCAAAUGACAGGGCAGAACUUCCAGUGGGAGCUGGAUGAGAAGCAGUGACUCUCCCAGGUCUCUCAGGCCCGCCGGAUUGCAGCACUGCAGAGUGGCACACCCCACCUCCUCGUAGCAGAGAAUCGCUCCAUCAUCACUGAGGGGUCAC